AACACGCACUUCCGGUUGCCGUCGGAUUUGUCCCUCUAAUGUUGCUGUCUUCACGCUGCUGGUAUUAGCUAUAAUUUAAUAGUAUUAAAGUAGUGGAAAUAGUCCGCACGCAUCUUCUCAUAUUUACAGAGCAGAUGGAUCUCCCCUGUCCAGAGUGGAUUCAGCAUGUGGAGCAGGUUUGGUCAGAUCUGGGCUCUUCUGGCAGACAACGCUUUUCUUUCCUGAAAGAUCUGGAGGAGAUCCUGAACUUCACCCAGUCUCGAAUUCAGCCAGAGGAUCUGAAAGCUUUGUCUAGGAUUUCUGAGAGCUUUCCUGUGAGGAAGUCUGCUGAAUGUUCAGUCAGGUUUAGGGAGCGAGGUAACCUCAGCUUUAAAGUGAAGGACUACACAGCUGCUGCACUCUGUUACUCCAGGGGUGUUUGUCAUGCUAGAAAAAAUACAGAACCGCUCUCUUUAUGUUAUGCCAACCGUUCAGCUGCCCUGUUUCACCUUGGUCACUACAGUAAAUGCAUGGAGGACAUCCAGCGGGCUUUGGAUGAAGGCUACCCAAACCACCUGCAGGGCAAGCUGCUGGAGAGGCGGACACAGUGUGUGAAUCGGCUUAAAGAACAAAAACAAUCAAAAGCGCCGUCCUCAAAGCAUCAGACACAACAGACUGCAGAGGUGAAGAGUGAUGCUACCUGUCUGCCGAAUGGAGUGUCUGUUCUCUUCACGCCUGAAAAAGGUCGUUAUCUGCUGGCCACUGAGGAUAAAACAGCAGGAGACAUAGUGGUUGAGGACGAGGCUUUCAGUUUUGUUCUUAUACCUGAUGGUGGACAGCACACAAAGACAAGCGAAGCCUGUUUGUUUGGAACAGAACAUCAAUACUGCCAUCACUGCUUGUGUAAGACUUUGAGUGCUGUGCCAUGUCUGGGCUGUAGUUAUGCCCAAUAUUGUGGGCAGAUGUGUGCAAAUAAAGCAUGGAAGCAGUACCAUUUUUGGGAGUGCCCAGCUGCCUCUGAGCUGCUGGCUCUAGGAGUGCUUGCGCAUCUGGCAUUGCGAGUGACUCUGAAAGCAGGGCUAAAGGAGGUUCAGAGGGUAAGGGAGGUUGGUGAUGUGUCAUGCACACCCCAUGUCAGCAGUGACACAAGAGAUGGUAAAUCUGACUCCUGUGGAGACAGUUUUUGUCUGGAAGGCUCACUGUCAGGUCUGAGUGAGGAAGGAUCCAGCAGAUGUUCUAAGUGUUUGGACCAUUCAAGUUGUUUCCAUGGUGGAUCAUACUUGGGUGUCUAUAGCUUGUUACCACAUGUGGUUAACCAUCCACUCAGUAUGCGCUUCCUGUUGGCUUAUACCUUGGCGGUGCUCUGUCAGCGACUGAAAGAGGUGCGGCCUUCACCAGAAACAUGGACAUGCAGUGAGCAGGAAGAUGCAGAAAAAUGGCGCUGGGGAGCAGAACAGAGCAUACUUGAAGCUACAGCUUUGAGACACUUGAUGCAAUUGCGAUGUAACGCUCAAGCUGUGACAGCUAUAAGACUUAAAGAGGACAAGAAGCUAGCAGUGCAGUCCAGUGGGGAAGUCCGCAUAGCCACUGCUGUUUUCCCCAUCCUCAGUCUGCUCAACCAUUCCUGCUCUCCUAACACCAGCAUCUCCUUCAGUGUGGGUCUCCACUCUACUCCUGCUGAUUCCCCUGCUUCAGGUGUCAGAGUAACCAUCAGAACAUGCAAAGACAUUGCUGCAGGACAGGAGCUGCUGCACUGCUAUGGCCCUCACUGCAGCAGAAUGGAUGUUAGAAAACGGCAGCACCUCCUGCUGGAGCAGUACUUCUUUCACUGCAACUGUGAGGCUUGCAAGUUGGAGCUAGCUAGUGGAACUGCAAAACAAGCACAAUCAUCUCCUGGGCUCAAGUGUGAGCAAUGUGGAAGCUCCCUUCAGGCCAGUGAAGAUGUGAAAGUUUGUUCACAGCUAUCCUGUGAUUAUCAAAUCUCAGAUAUUGCACUGCAAACAAAAACGCAGAUGCUGCAGGACCGUUUGCACCAAGCAGUGGAACUCCUAGAAAAUGACAGAGUAGAUGAGGCCCUACGGAUCUUAAAGGAAGCAUCUACUCAGGCAGACAACAUCCUAAUGAAGACUCACCCAGUGCAGGGAGAACUAGCUGAUGCAACAGCACGGGUUUAUGCUACUAUGGGGGACUGGAGGCAGGCUGCUUCUCAUCUGAAACGCAGUGUUCAUGCUGUGCGUUCACAGUAUGGGGAAGACAGUGUGGAGUUAGGCCGACAGCUCUUUAAACUGGCACAGCUGCACUUUAAUGGUGUUACUGCUGGAUUGAAAAUAGUCUAGUUGAAAAGGUACUGCAAUAGACAAACUCUUGGAUAAAUUGACCUAUUGUCAGUCUUCUACUGAUCAUGCUGUCAUAGCUUGCUUUUAGAGCGCAGGAAUAGUAUUUGUGCAUGAAAAAUAUGACAGAAUGGUCUGUAGUUAUACAUUAACACUGGAUACCAAAAAGAUAUAAUCACAUAAAAAAAUAAAUAUGAACAGCCAAUAAAAACUAUUACCGAAACUGCAUUUAAACAUUUGGCCAUUAUAUCUUUAGAAAUUAUGUAAAUAAUAUUUGUUCUGUAUUAAAACUUGUUGGCAGAUUCAAAUAAUAACAAGAUGGAUUGUCUUUAUGCAUCCUGUGCUUUUUGGCUCUUGAGUUGCUAGAAUGGUCUGAACUGGCUUUCUCCACAUAUACGGCUUAGAAUUAAAGACAAAAAAUGUAAUCUUUGUCUCAUUAGACCAAAAGCAUCUUAUUUCAUCAGACCACACUGCUCACACUGCCAAAAGUAAAAUUGUCCUUCUAUUUUUUUUCAAAAUUUCUGAAGCACUGAUGUUUGGGUUUUCACUGGCUGCAAGCCAUAAUCAUUAGGGGUGUCAAGAUUGUCUAAAUCCUCGAUUCGAUUUUAGGGUCACGAUUCGAUUCUCGAUUAUUUAUUUAUUUUUUUUUACAGCAGAGAGGCCUAUGCCAGUUUUAGAUUAGUCUAUGGUCAGUCAUUGGUUUGAUUCAUCAAAUGUAAAAUAUUUCCAAAUUUCAAAAGGUGGGCUUGAUAUGAUGCAAUGUGAUACAAGUGAUAUGUAAUACACCACAUUAAGCACCAAUGGUUAAAUUUAAAUAAUUUAAUUAAGCUAUAUAUGUAAUGCCAUCUAGUGGCGUUUUUAGGUAGGAGCAGUGUGCACUAUUAAAACAGCAAUGUGCAACAUAAAAUAAAUAAUAAAAAAAUACAGGAAGAGUCAUGUAAAAAAUAAUAGAACAAUUAGAGCCUUAACAAACUGAACUCUAUCCUACUAUAACAGUUAAACAUGAAAAGACUUUAAGACUUUUUCUUUAACAAAGACGUAUUAUUAACUUUAUCUGAGAGAAAGAUGCUCCUUAAGGUACCAAAACUAUUAACAUAAUUGAGGCUAGACAAAAUAACUGUUAUUUUUAUAUUUUUAAGUUUUUCUUUAAGAAGAUGAGAAUGUCCACAUUCUCUGGAGAAAGGGCUGCUCUUUGAGCAGUCACAAUGAUCGUGGCGUCGGCUACAGCGUGCUGCGCCAUUUGCGUAGCGUGCAUGCUUGUGUAGCUUAGAGGGAGGGAUCGUCGAUCUUCUUUUGACUUCGAUGCUCGAGACCAUGACUUAAUUUUCAAUCGAUUUCGAUAAAAUAUCUAAAGCGUGACACCCCUAAUAAUCAUCAAUAAUAAAAGAAAUAAACGUUUAAAAUAGAUCACUCUGUGUUUAAUACAUCUAUAUAAUAUUAGUUUCACAUUUUCAACUGAAUUACUGAAAUAAACUAACUUUUC